CGUCACCGGAAGUGAGUCAGCGGAUGUAUUUAAACCCGCUAGGAGAGCGAGCGGCAGUCUGGUUCAGUCAAUUCGCUCACUGCGGACAUGGCAGAUGAGGAGGAAGAUCCCACGUUUGAGGAAGAAAAUGAAGAAAUUGGAGGAGGUGCAGAAGGUGGACAGGGUAAAAGAAAGAGACUUUUCUCAAAAGAAUUGCGAUGUAUGAUGUAUGGGUUUGGAGAUGACCAGAAUCCUUAUACUGAGUCAGUGGACAUUCUUGAAGACCUUGUUAUAGAGUUCAUCACAGAAAUGACUCACAAGGCAAUGUCAAUUGGAAGACAAGGCCGAGUACAAGUUGAGGAUAUUGUCUUUUUGAUUCGGAAGGACCCAAGGAAGUUUGCUCGGGUUAAAGACUUGCUUACUAUGAAUGAAGAAUUAAAACGAGCUAGGAAAGCAUUUGAUGAAGCAAACUAUGGAUCUUGACAUCUUUUGUAUUUUCUGAAGCUUCAUUAUCUUCUGGGGAAAGCAGUUCUCAUUAUAUUCUCCAUUGUGAGGUCCAGAUGAACCAGCCAUGUGAAUGAGAGAUGGAAAAACUUAAGUUUCCAACCUUUAUCUUCAUGUCUUCAAUUUUAGAGCCAUGUCUGAGCUAUUAAUUGCCUGCCUGUAUAUGUCUAUACUUGAAUUGCAUUUGAAGUACCUGGAAGUAGCACAUUUCCUUCUGACUUUUAAGUGUCUAAACAAUGAAGUUGUACUUUGGUGGCUUUCUGCUAUUGGAGGUUAUACUGCAUAGCUCUUUGACAUGUGAAAUCUAAAUGGCACCUUUGACUUCAUGGUAACUGAGACAUCUCAUUUAUGUAGUGUAAAGGUUUUAGACUAUAGUAGGCUGAGAAGUUAGAGAGCAAAUUGGUUUGUGUUCUCUCUCUUAACUAGAGCACUGCUCAACUCUGGUGUUGCUGGGGUUUAAAACUGACUUCCAGUGACUCAGGCAUGAAGGCCUGUUGAAUACUUGUUAUACUCUCUCCAGCCUGGUUUAAGAUUCUUUUAAGGAGAUUAUAUAAGAAACUAGAGUCAUCUGUACUCUAGAGUGUUCCUGCCUUAAAAUAAUUUGUUUCAAUAUUUUUUAUUUUUUCAGAUAAGACUUUUUUUUUUUUUUAAGAAAAAAAGAUGUGACUGCUUCCGUAUUGGAAGGCUUUUUUUUUUUUUUGGGGGGGGGUGUUAUAAUAUCCUAUUUGUCAAAUUUUAGUGGAACUCAUUUUCCCAAGUCAGAUUAAUCCUUCUAAAAAUAAAUGUUUUCAAUAGCAGGAACGACUUUGCUUAGAAAAGCUAAUGGCAAGGGUAAGCAUUUGGGGUGGUGUUUUAUUAACAUUUGUAAAUACAUGUUCAUUGUGGAACUGUGUACUUGACUAAAACCAUAUGUGGCUUUUGUAGUUCAGGAUAUAGAGAUUGUAUGUAUAUUAGCUUAUUGUAUGAAAUUAUUGUACUUGGCUCAAAAUGAGGGUUAACAUUACAUUUAAGAAGAUUAUGGUAUCUUUGAAAAUUAAUGUUUUGUGUGCCAUUACAGACAAUAUAAAUCCUUUUCUAGGGCAUUGUACUUUCUUAACCUGUUGAUACAAGUAAUAAAGUGCAAAAUCAAACAUUAAUAUGUGAUUUCUCACCCACCCCAUUAUGGUGGUAUGAUUUUAGCUGUUUAGUAUUAAUAAAAAUGUUUUCUAUACUACUAUUGUACUGUUCCUGAAUUAAUGGGAUUCAACGAUAGCUGGGAUGAUCUCAUUUUAAAAAGUAAAAAAACAAACAAAAAAAAAAACGCAGUCUCGGGGCCUGGACUAUGGUCCAAACAACAGUCAGGUAAGCAUUCCUCCUGCUUCUGGAUAAUCUCACAC